AUGGGCAAUCCGUCGGAUCGCCCUAACUCUGGCGAGAGGAACAACUUCCCAGCACCUCAAUAUGUCCUUGGCAUUCCUCGACCUCCAUCAGUAGGAGGAAUUUCAUCCCGAGUUACUGAUGUGGCCUCCGAGGAUGGUGAAAGAUCAUCUGCCUUCGCAUCGCCAGCACCAUCGCUUCACCCGCGCCCCUCAGUUUCCAGCCGCGCUCCUCCUCCUGUCAGGAACUCCAUAGGUGCAUCUAGUAGGCCUGAGAGCUCAGGCAGUAGGUUGAGUAGAUCGCAUGUUCCGUCUCUGGCAGCCCAAGGCUUUUUUCGACCAAUGAGUUCCCAAAGACUGCAGGCGCAUCGAGGAGGGCGGCCUGUGACGAAGGGAACGGUCUCUUCAAACGACGAAUGGUCUGAUUAUGCGGGUCAACAUCGGAAGAGUGUGAUAUCAAACAGCACUUUGCAACAGGAAUCACAGCCAGCUGAUACUGAACCUCCACCAUCACGAGGCACGGAGUUUACAGACCCUGUAGUUCCUGAUCGAAACGUUUCCAAUGGAAAUACCACAUUACGCAGUCUGGGCGAAAAUGUCCGUAUUCUCCGAGACCGGAAUCAAGGUGAAAAGCAGCGUCCUGGUCAACUGGAUCUCAGUUUGAAUUAUAGUACACACAAUACGUUGGACACGCCACCGAAGUCUGCGCUAUCAUUCUUGUCGUUGCAAAACAGGGGCUCGCACAAUAGCAACGAUCCCCGGGGACUUGAGAUACCUUCUUCUGCCGGUUCUUCUCCGAACCCAUAUAACAAGAGCGAACAACUACCUAGUGUUAACCUUGGCAAGAAUUAUGAGUACUUUGUUGGCAACACGCUAUUUUGCGGUGGUGGUCGGCUUCAGAACUCAAGAGACAAGCCUAUCAACAUUGCUACUGGUUUCUUAGUAGCAGUUCCAGCUGCUCUGUUCUUUGGAUUCUCUGCUCCCUGGCUUUGGCACAACAUCUCUCCUGCCAUUCCCAUUUUGUUUGCAUAUGUCUUCUAUGUGUGCUUUUCGUCUUUUGUGCAUGCGUCCGUCGUCGAUCCUGGGAUCAUGCCUCGAAACGUCCAUUCUAUGCCUCCCAUCAUUCCUUCAGAAGAUCCACUGGCGGUCGGUCCUGCGACCAAUGACUGGGUCAUGGUUAAGCUUGCUACUUCCGACGUUGCUGCCAUGGACGUGCCUGUGAAAUACUGCAAGACUUGCAACAUUUGGCGACCUCCUCGCUGUUAUCACUGCCGUGUCUGUGACAAUUGUGUUGAGACCCUCGAUCAUCACUGUGUCUGGCUCAAUAACUGCGUUGGUCGCCGCAAUUAUCGUUACUUCUUCGCCUUUGUCAGCUCAUCUACCAUCCUUGCCCUUUUCCUGAUUGGCGCCAGCCUCGCCCAUAUCUUGGUCUAUAUGAACCAGGAGAAUAUCUCGUUCGGGGCUUCUAUCUCGAAAUUACGAGUGCCUUUCGCCAUGGCGAUAUAUGGGGUCAUUGCGGCGCCUUACCCACUAUCCCUCUGGAUUUACCAUCUGUUCCUGACCGGUCGAGGUGAAACUACACGAGAGUACCUCAACUCUCAUAAGUUUGCCAAGACAGAUCGCCAUCGGCCCUUCACCCAGGGUAACAUGCUGAAGAAUUGGAUUGCAGUUUUGGGCCGGCCCCGACCACCCACAUAUAUGCAGUUCAAACAGCCUUAUGAAGAUGGUGAUCAACGCUACGCCAUGCAGAAGCGCAAGUAUCUCGUCCAUGACGUCGAGUCUCAGGCGGGGAUUGAGAUGCAACAUGUUCAUCAAUAG